CCUCAGUCUUCCAAUACACCUCCCGUCAACAUGGCUGCACCUCUGUUCCUUCUUUCGCCCGAGAUUUUCUGCCAGAUUUUCUCCUUACUUCCACCACAUGGAGUUUUCGGGGUUUCUCUGACUUGCAGAUUUCUUUUGGAAGUAGCCAAAACAAACUUGGGGAGACACAAAGAAUUAGCGCAGAAACACAAGGUUGUAUAUCUAGGCUACUCAGUCGAAAUGGAUGGGCUUCUGUCUCCGAUUGUCUACUUGGAUAUGAUCGAGAGCAAUCCAAACAUGGCAUUCUAUCCCAGAGUUGUGCAGAUGCUAGAGUAUAGUCAUGAUCAAUCUGAUGGAGAGGGAAGUGCAGAUGAAGGGGAUAUGUUUGAAGGGAGGGACAGAGAAAGGGGGAUCAUGGAGAACCGCAAGGGGUUUAGAGAGUCUGUCGAGGCUUGUCCAUAUCUCACAGAAGGUGAAGACUUGAAGUGGAAAACCGCUAUCAGCGAAAACGGCGACGACGACGCAGCACUAGCACUCCUCCUUUCCAUGCUUCCCAACCUCAAAGAAAUCGUGAUAUGGAUACACUACAGACCACUCCCCUACACCUCUCAAAUGGUCUCGAGAAUUGCUCAAGCCACGCGUUUGAACCCAGAAAGGACCACUGCCCUGAGCAAAUUACAAUCCUUCCGUCUAGGCCAGCGAGGAGAUACUGACGCCGACAACUUGCGUUUCUUCCUUCCUUUCAUGGAGCUGCCUUCAGUGUGGCACAUUGCUGGGUGGCGUAUCAAGCAGGAAGGCAGAAUGAACGAAGACGAAGAUACGGAACCCAUAAUGUCCGUCACCUACCCGAAUAUCAAAAUGAUAGAUUUCGAGCAGUCGAAUGUCGAUGAGCGUGCAAUGCAAGAGCUGCUCAGCAUGACGAACCAUCUCAGCACCUUCGCUUACGAAGUCGAUGGCAACAUGCCGUAUGGCGUUGCAUUCGCGCCGGAUGUGAUGGUUGAUGCUCUCUUACAGUACUCUGCUCAUUUUUUGGAAGAAUUACAGCUGGUUGUUCAACCUGACUGGGCUAUCGUGGAGCCCUGGCGGUUUAUCAUGUCCCUCCGUUUGUUUCAGAAACUACGGACUGUCGAGGUUGAUGCGGAGUUUCUUUGUCAGAGAGAUGAUGAUGACGACGAUCUCCCAGAUGACAUGGGAUCUCUAGUUGAGUCUAUGCCAGAGACGCUUGAAACUUUAGCUCUGCGCUAUUUGAGGCUAGAUCAGAUCGAUGUUCUUUUCGACGGCUUUGGAGAGAAGAGACAACAAAGACUGAAAUCGUUGAGCAAGGUGAUUCUGCUGCAUCCUGAUCAUGGCAAUAGAAAUGCGCACCUUAUUGUGGAACGUGUAAGAAAAGUCUGUGAGGAUGGAUGCGUGGAACUUGAAGUUUUUGACGAGCGGGGAGGUUUUCCUUUCUAUGAUGCGAUUAUGAAGAUUGGGUUGAUUGAGAAGCCAAUGUUGUGUGAGAACUAUCCCACAAAUUGGGAUUAA